UGGGAAACUCCCACUGGGCUGGACAGUGCAAGGUAUCUGCACACACACAGUGAUCCUCACUCUCUGAGCUAGCUGUUGGGAGAACUCUGUACACCAUUUUCUCAGGGGAAAAAGAAAACUUACUUUUUAUUUAAAUAGAUUUAACUUAUCACUUCUUUUGCUGUACAAAACCUUUCCUGAUCUGCUGGAAGGAGCGAAGGCAACAAUCCACGAAGACAGGAAGCAGCGUCAGAAUGGUGUCGGUUCCGGAGCACACAAUGGAGGAGAUUCCCCUCCAGGAGGAAGAAGAGGUCACCAUGGAGUACCGGGUGUUGAUGGUCUACGCUCAGCGCUCACUUUCUGAAAGCAAAUACUUGAAUCUGCAGAGGGCGAUAUCCUCCCAGGGGGGCCAAACCGCCAUCGGUAAUGGGAAGGAGGAAAAAGCCAAUGGAGAAACCAAAACACCAAAAAGCAAACCCAAAAAGAAGCGCUGGCCAAAAACACUGACCCCUGCAUGCCUCCGACCGCCAAAGAAAACUAUGAAUGAUCCUCUGGAAAAGGCGAAGGACCCAGAGGAAGAGAGAGCCAGGAGUAUUGUCAGCCAGUUGCAGCGCAUUGUACAGAAGAUUACAAAGCAAGAAAAGCAAAGCGGCUUCCGGAUGAUGAAGCGCGUUUCCAGCAUCCAGCACGAUGGUGAUGAUGAAGAUGAAAUAAUUGCCAACAUCGUCCAGAUUCUGAGAGCAACAGGAGACAGACUGAAUGAUGAGAUAACAGAGGAAAGAACUCUCUUGGAGAAAAUUAAAGGGCUGUGGUCAUACAACUUUUACAAGAAAGUGACAGACUGUUUUCUUUCGGAGGUGGUCCCCACCUCCGAUGCAGAUGAAGAGGAGCAGACCAGUAAGAUUGCGAUGUGCCUCCACGCCACCACUGCGCUCACCACACUAGAAAAUCAACCAAUGAAUAAGAUCCUUGGGUUCGGAACACGAUAUCUCAAAGACAACUAUUCCCCCUGGAUUCAGAGCAGAGGAGGAUGGGAAAAAGCUAUGGGAAUCCAAACUGGUUCGGAGGAAGAGAUAGAAUGAGGCUAGGAAGCCAAUGUUGGACCUAUACCACUACAAGAUGACAGACAGAUGACUGCCACAAGGCCUAUUAAGGACGACAAGCCAUGGAUGCCUUUUAAUUGUUGAUUAGAAUGAAGAUGUGGCCUAUCCAACCUUGUCCUCCUGGGAAGGAGCUGCCUAACCUCUGAUACUAGAAAACCAGCUUCUGAUGCAGUUCUGUCUUUAAACCAUUGCCUACAGACUUGGUGGUUAGAUGCAUAGCCACCUUCUAAGCAACAAACUUUUUCUAUUUUAAAGACAAUUGCUUUAAAAAAAAGACUAGUCCUAUUCCUGGAGUGUGUAUACCUAUACCUGGGAACUUGAUGGAGAUGACUAAGCUUGGUCGGAAUUUCAUUUCCAUAGUUGGAUCAUACUGGAUUUGUCAAAUCUCCAGUCAAGCAAUUGCUUCUCCAUUGCUGUUGGGUCUGCAUACAGUAACAAUAGCCUUGGGUGCAGUGUAUGCUUGGUGUUAAUGGUUGUUUAUUUUUUAUUUUUUUAAUAACAAACAUGUCAUACCUGCCUCCACUGUGCAGUUAUUUUUGCACAGAGUGGCCCUGGUCCUCCUUUUCUGGGGUCCCUCAGUGGUGCUGGUGGCUCCUCUCCGCAUCGAGUGUCCAUGUUGGAGAAGACACUCCUAAGGGUUUACAAUCCCUUUAAGGUGCAGGCUACCACCCGAACCACCGGCAGCUUGCAACCUAACUACCAAUGAUGCUAGAUUGCCAGGUAAGACAGAAGAUGCAUGCUGGAGGGGGCACCGCUGAAGUGGGAACCUGCCCUGCAUCACCCAGCUGCAUAGCAUUGGAUUAUACUAUCACACACCUUCCCUUUGCUCCUCUCCACUGUAUACCAUCUUGCUUCUAUCAUUCCUGACAUACCUUCUAACUUCCAUCCAAUAUUUCACCCUCCAUUGUUCUUUCUGUUCCCAGAUAGAACACAUCUCUCUCUCUCUGGGUGGUUCUCUGUCCCUUUUCAUAGUACCAUCUUAGUGCUCACCUGUCAAUCAGAAUCAACCUUUAGUUCCUGGUUCUUCUCCAUAAUUUUUCUAAUCCUAUUUAAACUUGCUACACAGGUCUGUCAGUGUUUUUGCUGACCCACUGAUCCAGGAUAUGCUUAAAGUAGUGUUAAACGCUGUGUUUUCUUUUUUUUUAGCUUACCACAUUAGACACAAUACAAUAUCCCCCCCCCUUGCUGACAACUCCACACCUAUGCUUGGCUCUCAUUUUCAAGAGUUUCCAGGUAUGUGUACACUUGUGUAGAUGUCAGCCUACACAGCCAUGAAAAAACAGACUUGCGUUCUCUGACUCAAUCAGACCAUGCAAACCUCAAUCAGAAUCGACAAUCCUAUCACUAGGAUAUGUGUUAGUUAGCAACAGAAAUCCCCAAAACUAUAUGGAAACCAUGGCUAUCAAGGACUAGUUUGGAGAGCACCGGCUUGGAGGAAGCCAAAAGUUGAAAAAUAAAAACAUUUUUUAGAGCUAAAAUAAAUCUAUUUUCACAAAUGUAGUCUUCUUCAUGAGGGCAUUGCAAAAAUGUGCAAUUAGUAACAUCCAGUCUGCAUGAUGUAAUCGGUAUGAUUAGAUGUGAUUUGUUUACCAAAUGUUUAAUAUUUUUAUAUGUAUGGUUUUUAUUUAUGAAAUAGAAAAUAAAAAUUCCUAGCUAAA